ACUGCCGGAAACCUACACAAGAAGAAGAAGAAGGAGAACCGUUAUAGUUUCUGCGCUUCUCUGCAGUCUUUCAGAUCUGGAAACGUAACAGUUCUUCUUUUCAGUAGCAUAUAAACUAUAAUGAAAAUGUAUUAAUCAGCUCCAGUCGGUAUUAAGAUCUCUCUGUAGGUGUUUAGUGGGUUUUGUUCACACUCAUCGCUGUCGGUCGGGAGGGUGUGGUUCAGAAACAACAGCGAGCAUUAAUAAUAUUAAUCGAAAUCAGAUUUUACUGGAAUCUUCGACAGUAUGAAGAACAAUUACAAACUCUUUCAGAUUGUUCUACUAAUGUGCGGAGUGUGUGGUGCUGGAACAGAUGAAGUGAAGACUGUGAUGGAGGGAGAAUCUGUCACUCUUAACCCUGAUCUUACUCAAAUACAGGGAAUUAAUCAGUUACUGUGGAGGUUUGGAGAUUUACGUUCAGUCAUUGCUCAAAUCGAGGAAAAUGACAUUUCAUAUCCCAUUGUCCCUGAGAUGUUCAAAGACAGACUGAAGCUGGAUCAGACUGGAUCUCUGACAAUCACAAACAUGAGAACUAAACACUCUGGACUUUAUAAACUAGAGAUCAACCACAAAACUGGGACCUCACGUUUGAGUUUCAGCGUUACUGUCUAUGAGUCUCCAGCUGUUAUUGAUGCUUUUAAAGGUGAAACGAAGAGUGUAUCAGAGACGGAGGGAGAAUCUGUCACUCUUCAGACUGAUACUGAAACACACGGAGAUGAGCUGAUAGUGUGGAGGUUUGGAGAUGAAGGAAAACUCAUAGCUAAACAUGAUCUAGAGGCCAAGAGUCCACCAUUAUAUGAUCCUGAUGAGAGAUUCAGAGACAGACUGAAGCUGGAUCAUCAGACCGGAUCUCUGACCAUCACAAACACCAGAACCACAGACUCUGGAGUUUAUAAAGUGAAGAUCAGCAGCAGCAAACAGACUUUAAACAAGAGAUUCACUGUUACUGUCAGCCGUAAGUAACUCAAGACUAUUAAUUAAUGUAAUAAUUGUUUAUCAGCUGUCUGUAAAUAAUUCAUAACUUCUCACCCA